CGGAAGGCACCUCACCAUUAGCUUCAAAACCGACCACUCCAAGACUGCGCGUGGCUUUCGUGUCUCGUGGAGCACACUUAGCGCUUAUGAAGCCACCAGCGGCCCAGCUUUCUGGAAAAAUGCAAAGGAUGGAUCUUCUCGUUCACUUUACUGUAUGACGUCUACGUCGUAUGCAUCAGAAAUGAUUGUUGGACUGCAGGAUGAAGAAUCAGGUGGACAGGCAUUUUCGGAGCUGGACAGCAUCAAGUGCGUUCGUCUGGAGCAGUUCCGCUCGUUGCGUCUUUCUGUCGGUUAUGAGCAGAGACUGCGGAGUGGCGAAUACCAGGGAUGCUCGAGCGGCGAGGUGCUGGCCUCGUUGAAGACGGACCGCUCGGCUCAGUUCCGCGUACUGACGCGGUACUCCUGCGCCACGCUAAGCGGCGGGCUCCGUGUGGACGCCGACGACUGUGAGACCGUCAGAGCCGACGCUAGCGCCGCCUUCUCCACCAACCUAGAGGCCACCGAAAGCUGGCCGGUCCAGUGCAGUACCGACACCAAAGUUGUCGUCGGAUUUUACUACAGCAGCUCCUCGACGCCCGUCUAUAUGGGCAUCAAAUGCUGCGACAUCAAGCCAUCAGAACGCUGAAGCAGUCCUGUCUGUUUAGACUAGCUCAUGGUUACCUGCACGCUUUAUUUGUGUAAUAGACUUGAUGGAUUCUUCUUUGGCACCGAAACGCUGUUGUUUGCAAAUACAU